AUGAUCGUUUGGGUGCUUUUGUUCAUGGUUACUCAGAUCGACGCAAAACGAGUAAGGAUUAAUUAACCAAUUAGUUGAAGAAAUAUGUUUUAGGGAUCACGGAUUGACAUUUACAAGCAAAAUGGAGGAGAUAUUCUGCAGAUGAAACCGGGGAAAUCGUAAGUCUCAGAAUAAAAAUAUUCAAAUUAAAUUAAUUUAAGGGUGUGGGGUAAAAUGCGGAACGCCUUGCCCACAAAUUCACUCAAUCGAUGGACCGAAUACAGGGACGAGAACAGGAAUUAUGUGCUCCCUUUCACAAUAACCGGCAAAUUCGGUAAUCUAAAAUUAAUUUAUUUAAAUUUAUUUAGAACCGGACGAAAGAACCAUUAUUUUUGGAGCGAUGAGAGCCAUCGAGAGAAACACUUGUCUCAAAUUCAAACGGAGAGAACGGGAACGGGAUUAUGUGGACAUACGGAAUGAACGGAAUGAGGGGUACCCUUUGAACGUAAUUAAUUAUCCAAAUUUAGUUGUUACACUUCUGUGGGACGUCAUCGCGGCAAGAAUGUGGUCAUGCUGGAAGCCAACAACAUUGCCACAUGUGCCGAACAUGACAUUGUAAUCCAUGAGUUUAUGCAUGUGAGUAGGAACCCUAUUUUAUAUUCUUUUUAGACCAUCGGAUUAUGGCAUGAACACAUGAGAUACGACAGAGACAAGUAUAUCAAGGUGCAUUUUGAUAGAAUCGAGCCAAGUAAGUAACUGGACGCUGUAAUGUUACCUUUAAAGUGUUCUACUCACAAUUCGAGAAGAUCUCCAAACAGGAAAGCACCACUUAUGGAGUGGAAUACGACUACAGGAGUGUGAUGCACUACUCAAAAGAUGCAUUCGCGGAAAGACCGGGCGACAUAACGAUGGAAACUGUGGACAAAUCGAUGCAAGUAAGUUGCAACAUCGCAGUUAAUUUGCUCAGGAUGUAAUUGGAAGGGUCACAGAUGCAUCCCCGAGUGAUUACAUAAAGAUUUGCUCUAUUUAUAAAUGUGGUCAAUGCAUGGGAAAACCCUUUGGAAAGAAGAAAAGCGGGUCGAGAACAAGUCCUGAGGACAAUCGGAGUUCAAAUGAAAGAAAAAAAGUUGAAAGAAGUAAGUGAAAAAAAUAAUUUGAAUGUAAUGUAUGGGUGGAUAAUAAAUUUUUAUAUUACUUUAGGCUGCGGCGACUCCUUUUUCUGUUCCCAUCUCCUCAAAACCCAGCCCAAAGAACAGAUCUGCAAUAUGGAAGCCUAUCAGCGAUGGUGCUGUGCCUCUUGUUCCUGA